GCGGACAGGCCGGAGGCGGCGUUCUAGGGAUCUUCCUGGACGCUCUACAGCCUGGAGAAAGCACCCUGGAGGCCCAGCAAGGACGCCUGAACAACGACGAAGACAAUCAGCAAGUGUGAAGGACACAUCGCUGGGAUCAUCCUGGACAGACUUAUUACAGACUCUAGGACUCUGAAGGCCCAGAACUCCAGUACGGGAACAUAAACAAGAAGGACCCAGCAAAUAUGGAGGAAGGGGAAUAUAGGGGACCGACAUGUGGCUCUACCUGGCAGUUCUCGUGGGCCUGUAUUACCUUCUGCGCUGGUACCGGGAGAGGCAGGUGGUGAGUCACCUGCGAGACAAGUAUGUCUUCAUCACGGGCUGCGACUCGGGCUUCGGGAACCAGCUGGCCAGGCAGCUUGACCUGCGAGGCUUGAGGGUGCUGGCUGGGUGUCUGACGGAGCAGGGGGCUGAGCAGCUGAGAGCCAAGACAUCAGACAGACUGGAGACGGUGAUCCUGGACGUCACCCAGACAGAGAGCAUCACAGCAGCUGCUCAGUGGGUGAAGGACCGUGUGGGGGACAGAGGUCUCUGGGGACUGGUGAAUAAUGCUGGCGUCUCAGUGCCCUUGGCACCAAAUGAGUGGUUGACCAAACAGGACUUUAUGAAGCUACUGAAUGUGAACCUUUUGGGAGUGGUUGAGGUGACCCUGAGCCUGCUAGCCCUAGUGAGGAAGGCAAGGGGCCGCCUGGUCAAUGUUGCCAGUGUCAUGGGCAGGCUGACCGUUACUGGUGGAGGCUACUCCAUCUCCAAGUAUGGCAUUGAGGCCUUCUCCGAUUCCCUAAGGAGGGAGCUCUCCUUCUUUGGGGUGAAAGUGGCUAUCAUUGAGCCUGGUGGGUUCAGGACUGGCAUGACUUCCAAAGAUGUUUAUUCAAGAAACAUCCUGGCAGUGUGGGACAAGGCCAAUCCAGAAGUCAAGGAGGUUUAUGGAGUGAAGUUCCUGGAAACCUAUAAGAAGUUUCUUGGAUACAUGCCGAAAUUGUACUCAUCUAAUCUGUCCUCGGUGACGGACUGCAUGGAACAUGCGCUGACCUCCUGCCAUCCCCGCACCCGGUACUCAGCUGGCUGGGAUGCCAAGCUCAUCUACCUUCCCAUGAGCUACAUGCCCACUGCCCUCCUGGACACUAUAAUGUACUUGUACUCCCCAAAGCCUGCUAAGGCGGUGUGAGGACAGGACUAGGGUGCUUUGUGGACUGGAUUGGUGUGCUGUGUGAUGUGGGAGAGGUUGGGGAUGAAAUUAGGGCAGAGGAAGGGAACGCCCAAUUUAGUGUUAACACCUGAUCUGACCCCUGACUCUUUUGCAGGAAGAUAUUGGUACAAACAACCAAAUUUCCAGCUUGAAAAUGGGAGGCACAAAUCUCUUGGAGUCUCCUGGGAUCCCACUUUUAUUUCCUUUUAAAAAUCAUUUCACUAGGCGCUCUUACAGAUAUUAAUAAUCCAUAAUUCAAUUAGA